UCUCGUGUUUCUUUGCAGGGCCUACCUACUCAAGAAACCAUGUCGAAUGAUGAUAAGCAUAGACCUAGCGAACCCAGGUACUGCGAUCCCAGGUGUGAACCAAAGUGUGAGUCCAAAUGCCAGCCCAGCUGUCUAAAGAAGCUGCUGCAGCGCUGCUCGGACAAGUGCCCGCGAGAAAAGUGCUCACCGCCGCCAAAGUGCCCGUGCCCCCCGCCAUGCCCCCCGCCCUGUCCUCCGCCAUGCCCCCCACCAUGUCCUCCACCAUGUCCUCCCAAGCCCUGUCCCAAGCCCUGCUCUCCCAAGUGCCCACCUCCUUGCCCACCACCUUGCCCACCUCCUUGCCCACCUCCUUGCCCACCCUCAGACUGAAGCACUGUGGGCACCACUAACACCACCACCACCACCACCACCAUCACCACCACCACCACCACCAUCACCAUGUGCAAUGAUCUAGGCUGGACCUGAAACCAUGAAGUGAUGACGUGACCAGUAAACUUGUUCCUCUGCUGCA